AAAAAAGGUUUCACAAAAUCGUCUUCUUGUUCAUCACUUCCAAUUUCUCGGUUAAAAAACUGAAAAACAUUUUCAAUUUCUACCAGACAGACAGGAUCAAUCUCCAUUGAUUUCUUCCAAAUCAUCAGCAGAGAGUAAGCAACAAACAUACAAAUUGCAUAUGUUGCUGCUGGUGACAUCAUCAUUUAGUUAGUUAAUGUAUGAUGCUUCUGGGAAGGGUUGGUAGGCGAAUAGGGAUAGUAACAUCUGCAAGAUUCAGAAGCAAAUGUUUAUCCACAAACAACAGUAAACAUAUUAUUGAAUCAAACAAGAAUGGAGAGAGUUCUAAUAGUUUAACUCAUCAUGACUCGUAUCGAGACCUCGAUAAGCUUGAUUUCAUGACUGCUGCCAAGAUUCUCUUCAUCACUCCUCCGAAAAAGAAGAAAUUCGGGCUUGAUUUUCAUCUGGUUCAGCUCUUCUUUGUUUGCUUGCCUUCACUCGAUGUCUAUUUAGUUGCUCAAUAUGCUCGUCACGAAAUGAAGAAAAUGGAUGCAGAACUAGAAAAGAGACGAAUUGAAGAGUCCAAGAAGAUAAAGGCAACCGAAGAAGAAGUACUAAAAUCUAAUCCACAAUUAUUGGAGGUAAAAGAGAGAUUAGACAGCUUGGAAAAAACCGUCAAUGAGAUUGUAACGGAAUCCAAAAACCAAAGAAAUAUGAAAGUUUCAGAGCAAAAAGAAGAUGACAUAAAACAGCAUGUAAGCAGCACUGCUGCUGAACAGAGCCCGAACAAACAAGCUUCCGACAAACAAGAAAGACAACGGGACGAGAGUCAGACGGCUACACAUCGCGGAUCAACCAGUGCUGAGAAGUAAACCGCAAAUGGGUUCAGGUACGGGCCAGACAUUUUGAAGAAAAUUUUCGAUUAAACUGAUAGAGAAUGUAACAAUUGAGCAAUGAACUAGCUAUUUG